GUCGCGGGCAAAAACGGAAGUCCAACACUUUCCGGUUCGGAAAGGAACAAGGCAUACUCGCUUGGUCAUUUUGCGCGGUGUUGGUGGCGUCCUCUGCUGGGCAUCACGUUCUCACGUGCUCUCUUCCUUUCACCGUCGCCCGUCUUGUGCGGUUGUGGAUGACUGAGCGGCAGUGCCGAGUCCAGCGGCAGCAUCAUCGUCAUGAAAAUUUCGGCACGAGCAGCAGUGGCUGCAGCAACAGCCUUGGUAACCUUCGCCGCGACGCCAGUGUCGACAGCGGCGUCGGCCGGAUUUCCGUCGACGAUCACCGAGGCAGCAGAAGAUGAGCUGGGAGACCUACAUCAUGCCUCGUCCGAAGGCAUGUCCACGCUCCGAGGCUUCGAAAGCCGCCAAGAACCAUCGCACGAAGAGGACGUUGGCAACAGCGGUUCUACAGAGCGCAUUAUAGAACAGACAGAUGGACCCCGGCCAUUGAAGCACCGAGGUUUUGCCCAGCAUCCCCAGAAGAGGCAGAGGAGGAAAAGGAACGUUCAAAGGCUGAAUUUGGGGGUAUCGGAACAAGGGGAAGUGGCAAGCGUUGGCUCGGAAAUCAAGCGGGAAGAAGACGAGACAAGGGGUGUGACGGCGGUGGAUCGUUUUCCUCCUCUGGAGGACAGCACCGUGAUGUUUCUGCACGUUUUCAAAUGCGCGGGUAGCACUUUGAGGCAAAUGUUUGUAGACUGGGCAAAGGCAGAGGGGGCGAGCGGGGCGAUAGUCACCUCCUGCGAUGAAGUUCAAAAGGAAGGAGUCAUAUGCCUGGCUAAGCACGAGCUCAUCAAGGAGUCCGUGCAGAUGAAGAUGCUGUUGAAACAAAAGAUCUUGGCCGGCCACUUCAUCUGGGGUUUCCAGCGUCUCGUGGAGAAGCCGUUUCUGAUGGUCACUUCCUUAAGAAAUCCGCUAGAGGCAUUCGUGUCCGGACGACAGUUUCUGCACCCAGAUAUGACCGAGACCCUAGAACAGGCCAGUGCAGCCCAUGCCCAGGCGUUUGUCUCAUACGCCAUGCUUAACGCGCUGGGAAUCGACGGGCCUGGGCACGUCGCCAUGCUUGGAGAGCGGGCCAGCCUCGGGCACGCGUUGCUACGAGGAAGGCGGCAGUCCCCAGACCAACUAGGAGGUUUCAUUUUUAGGCUCGUGGGGCAGGAAAACGCCAAGAAGCUCCACGGUUUGGCGUUGAGCCGAGCCGCAGACGAGGCCAUGAAAAACCUGGAGGCGUUCUGGGUGGUAGGGGUGGUGGAGCAGUACGCGGGUCUCCAGGCGGUGCUGAAGCGCUUGCUCGACCCAGACCUGAAGCACCCGGCGCUCUGGGACAAGUACUCGUACCGGCACUCCAACCGGUCUCCCGUCGACUCCCGGUACGUUCUGGCUGCUAUCGACCCGAGCCUUGUGCGCCAAUUCAACGACUCUCUGGCGCUCCAGUGGAAGGUGUACGAGAAGGCCGUUGAGCUCUGGGGCACUCGCUGUCGGGAGGUUCUGCCGAUCACCGUGCAUGACGCGAUGUGCACCGUGGCGCCCCCCGACUCCCGGUACAGCUGAACGUUCUUCAGCAAGCAGACUUUGAAGCAAACGGGUGUGUAACGUGAGCGCGACACGUCAAUGCUGUAGCAGUAUUUGGAAGUUCGUGUAAUUUUGUGAUCGAAAUAGUGUGCUGUCGCGGAACGUUCCAUCCAUGCAUUUCUCGGCGGAACGUUGUGGUUGUCGAGAGGUUGGAAAAUCGGUAAGACUUAUCGUGGAAGGUCGUACAUAAAGUGAUCUUAAUGUCUUUCUCGGCGUUCAGACAAGCUGUUGUGGUUGAUGUUGUUCUCGUUGCCGUGUCACCGCUGCCGCAGUGGCCGCUGUCAUAACAGCAACACCGUGAUACUGCCGCAGAAUAUUUUCGGAAAGACAACCUUCUUUGGUGUGUAGAUUGAUGGACUAUGUGGAUGGUCGUGGCUCUAGUGUUUUGUUGUGCUUCGUACAAGUAUGCUUGCGUACAAUGGAGUAAAUAGUAGUUGUAUUUGAUGGUCAACGUGAAGAUAUCCUGUGCGUAGGAGGAGCGCCGUUGUGACGGUUACAGGAACGUUUCUGGCGAACAUAGCGGAUGUAUGUGUCGGUGCCAUCCUUGCCGUUGUUUUGCAAAUAAAUAUGAAAAACAAAGAGGAAGAAAAUCAU